CGCCAUUUAGUCGUCAGCACGCGAAGGUACAAGGAGUAAAACAUUUUGCUAGUUUUGUGUUUACCUCGUUAGCCAUAGCCAAAGCAUAAUUACGUCGAACGUACGAGAAAAUAAACAUGGCAUCUGACGAUGAAGCCGGAAAACUGUUUGUUGGAGGUCUGAGCUGGGAUACAACACAAGAGAGUUUGUUGAAGUUCUUUAGCAAAUGGGGAGAAGUGUGCGACUGUGUUGUCAUGAAGAAUCAGACAACUGGCAAAUCACGUGGAUUUGGAUUCGUCACAUACAAGGAUCCUGAUUGUGUCAAGAAAGUCUUCCAAACUGGCACCCAUGUCCUAGAUGGGAGAACUAUUGAUCCAAAGGUGUGUAAUCCCCGACAUCUGAACCAAGCUGCUGCAAACAAAAACAGGAAGGUCUUCAUUGGAGGGAUACCCCCCAAUAUAGAGGAAGAUGAUCUCAAGGAAUUCUUCAGUCGCUAUGGCAAUGUUGCAGAUGUGUCCAUAAUGUUCGACCAGGAGAAGAAACGAUCAAGAGGCUUUGGGUUCAUGUCAUUCGAGCAGGAAGACGUCGUGGACAUGGUGUGCCAGGAACAUUAUUUCAACAUAAACGGCAAGCAGAUUGAAGUGAAACGAGCUGAGCCAAGAGAUGGUAAGAAUGGUCUGCCACUAUCUGCAGGAGUUUUGUCUCCCUACCCUCUUCCAUCCAUGAUCUCAGGAACCCAAGCGGCCUCCAUGUUGUCAUACCAGUCUCCCUACCAGUCAGCAUUAACAGUUCCAGGUUACCAGCAACAGUUGCUACCUGCUGCCCAACCACCAGCAGUGUGGAUAGCGUCCCCCCACCAACUCUCAGCAUUAUCCGCUGUCCAAGCUGCACAAACACAGCUAGGAUCUCCAGGGUCUGCACGGACACUCCCUGGGUAUAUCAGUUCCUCCCAGGUACCUUACAGUGGCUAUGUCAGUAAUGGUAUUCCUCCCACAGCAGCAGGCAAUGCCAUUGGUCUAAACUAUGCAGCAACAUUAAAUAAUCCAGCCCUGAGUCCAACAGGGGCAAGUCUUCCUGCCUUGACCUUCCCUAGCUACCCACAGUCUACCACCCCAACACAGAGUGUCACCCCUACCCCUGGGGGAGAUGGUAUUACCCAGGUGACAUCAUCAGCAGCUUCUAUGGUGAGCCUUGGCGGCCAAUCAGCCAGCAGCCACUACAUGGCAGCACCUAGGGCAGUGCAGUACAAUGCAGAGACUAAUGCUACCAUCCAGCCAGCCUCCAGCCUCACAGGCUUGGGCCUUACAGCAAAUGGCCUCCCAGCAGGAUAUGCAGGGGAGCUUACUGCCUAUAGUACCAACCCAUCAUUUGCCCAGGGGGAGCUCCAAAUGGGACAGGGGUUUGGACCAGUCCUCCCCUCUGCUGCCUACCUCAGGGGAGCCACCCACCUUGCACCUUUCCAUCCGUACAGGAGAAUCUGA